AUGUCACUGCAAUCUACCUGUCAAAGAGAGCUGUGUGUCUUUGCAGACGCUUCUACAUCAGCCAUAUCAGCAGUUGCGUACCUUCGAGCCAUAGACACCGAAGGUCACGUCCACGUAGGCUUCUGCAUGGGCAAGUCCAAAUUAGCUCCUAGACAAGUCCACACAGUACCUCGCUUGGAGCUAUGUGCUUCAGUUCUGGCGGUGGAGCUGGCAGACAUGCUAUUAAAUGAACUUGACAUCAAAAUUCACAAAGUGAAAUACUACACUGACAGCCGAGUAGUCUUAGGCUACAUCAACAACACCAGCCGAAGGUUCUAUGUCUACGUGGCCAACCGUGUUGCUCGCAUCAGAAAGUCAUCUGAACCCAGUCAGUGGCACUUUGUGAGCACGGAAAGCAAUCCUGCCGAUCAUGGAACACGGCAUGUGCCAGCUUCACUACUAAGUUCUACCAAUUGGUUUACAGGUCCUGACUUCUUGAGGAAAAGUGAUGGAGAGUGUCCUGUGCAACCAAACAGCUUUCAACUUGUUGAACCUGCCACAGACACUGAAGUCCGCCCACAAGUCUCAACAUUUGCAACUACGACUGUGACAAAAUCGCUCGGCUCACACAGGUUUGAACGCUUCUCCAGUUGGAAACGUCUUACACAAGCUAUUGCCAAACUCAUUGAAAAGGUCAGAUCUAUCUCAAAAGCUCCUGAGUCAAAUGAAUCAAAGAUGGACGCUUUAACACAAGCAAAGUUAGUUAUUUUUCGAACUGUUCAAGGUGAGAUAUUUGAAAAGGAAAUACAAACUUUGAACAAAGGAGAGGACAUACUAAAACACAGUCCACUGAAGAAUCUUAAUGUGUUUUUGGACAAAGAAGGACUGGUGCGAGUAGGAGGACGUGUGACUUCUGCAGAAAUAACUCAAGAACAAAGCCAGCCCAUUGUGAUUCCAAAGAAGCAUCACAUUGCUGCUUUGCUGGUUCAGUUCUACCACGAGCAGGUUGUGCACCAAGGUAGACACAUCACAGAAGGAGCCAUCAGGUCUGCUGGACUGUGGAUCCUUGGAGGAAAAAGGUUGGUGACAAAUCUUCUCAACAAAUGCACAACCUGCCGCAGGUUAAGAGGAAAUGUACUACAACAAAAGAUGGCAGACAUUCCAGCUGAUCGUCUCAUCCAAACUCCUCCUUUCACACAUGUCGGAGUGGACGUGUUUGGACCGUGGAACAUCUGCAUUCACCGGACAAGAGGUGGAGUGUUAGAGAACAAACGCUGGGCAGUAAUGUUUACCUGUUUAGUCACACGAGCAGUUCACAUCGAGGUAGUUGAGUCCCUCUCAACUUCAAGUUUCAUAAAUGCUCUCAGAAGGUUCCUGGCCAUAAGAGGCCCCACAAAGCUCUUUCGAUCAGAUUGUGUAACGAACUUCGUUGGAGCAUGCAAAGAGCUUCAGAUAAGUUCAGAAGAUCCAGAGCUUCAAUCCUACCUUAAAAAUGAGGCAUGCACUUGGAAAUUCAACCCACCUCACUCCUCUCACAUGGGAGGGGUGUGGGAAAGAAUGAUCGGAGUGGCCCGACGUAUUUUGGACGCUAUGAUGCUGAAAGUUCACUCUCCAAAUCUGACUCAUGAGGUUCUUGUGACGCUCAUGGCAGAGGUAACAGCCAUAAUGAAUGGUCGUCCAUUAGUACCUGUGUCAUCCGAUCCUCAACAACCCGACUUGCUGACACCAAGUGCCCUUCUCACUCAGAAAAUCUGUCCCGUCUCUGUUCCUCCUGGAGACUUUGAUCCUAAGGACUUGUACCGUAAGCAAUGGAAAAAGGUGCAAAGUCUUGCCAACUCAUUCUGGAAACGAUGGCGAGAAGAGUAUCUUGCAACGCUUCAACCAAGAAGAAAAUGGCAAGCAGAUCAACCAAACUUAGACAUUGGUGACGUCGUUCUCCUAAAGAACACUCAGGUCAAAAGAAACGAAUGGCCUACUGGACUUAUUGUGGACACUUAUCCUGGCCGAGAUAAGAGAGUACGUAAAGUAGAUGUACGAAUAAUUAAAGAAGGUACUGCUAAGGUGUACACAAGACCUAUUUCAGAAAUUGUGUUAUUAGUUAAAGGUUAAGAGUGUUAUAGCAGUAUACCAGGCGGGGAGUGUACUGCCCCCUUGUGGGAAGAGUUAUUUGUGUUUUGAGUUUCUUGCGUUUUGUCCAUGCAGAGCGUCCGUAGUUCAGUGAUUCUCCAAACAGUUCCUCAGCAAGUCGAAUUCCAGAGUGUUAA